CCUCGGCCAGCCCGCUAGCUGCCGGGGCCUCGGCCGAUCGCCCCUGCCCCUCUCCAGCUGCGCCCGCACUCCUCUUCAUCGUCCUGACGCCCCCCUCCCGCCCGGAAAGCUGCCCAGCCACCAGCAACCCCCCAGUGCCACCAUGGCAACUGCACCAUACAACUACUCUUACAUCUUUAAAUAUAUUAUUAUCGGGGACAUGGGAGUAGGAAAAUCUUGCUUACUUCAUCAAUUUACAGAAAAAAAAUUUAUGGCUGAUUGUCCUCACACAAUUGGUGUUGAAUUUGGUACAAGAAUAAUUGAAGUUAGUGGCCAAAAAAUCAAACUGCAGAUUUGGGAUACAGCAGGACAGGAGAGGUUUAGGGCUGUUACACGGAGCUACUACAGAGGAGCUGCGGGAGCGCUUAUGGUGUAUGAUAUCACUAGAAGAAGUACAUAUAACCACUUAAGCAGCUGGUUGACAGAUGCAAGGAAUCUCACCAAUCCAAAUACUGUAAUAAUUCUCAUAGGAAAUAAAGCAGAUUUGGAGGCCCAGAGAGAUGUAACAUAUGAAGAAGCCAAACAGUUUGCUGAAGAAAAUGGCUUAUUGUUCCUUGAAGCAAGUGCAAAAACGGGAGAGAAUGUAGAAGAUGCUUUCCUUGAAGCUGCCAAGAAAAUCUAUCAGAACAUUCAGGAUGGAAGCCUGGAUCUGAAUGCUGCUGAGUCCGGUGUACAACACAAACCUUCAGCCCCACAGGGAGGCCGGCUAACCAGUGAACCCCAACCCCAGAGAGAAGGCUGCGGCUGCUAGUGACCUCUUUGCCGUAGCUCCCGUGUGACCUUUCACCUGUCUGUUGGAAGCAGUACUUUUUACUGCCUCAUUGUCUUCUGUACAUCUUACUGGGUUUAAUUAAAAAAAAAAAAAAAAAAGGAAAAAACAACUCUGUUGUAAAAACAGUUUAACACAAUACUAAACUGCUAAACAACUAGGUGUAAUCAGGUUAUCAAAGGCAAGUAGAGUAAUAAAUCUCUCCUGCAUGGUAAAUCUAGACUUUUUUUUCCCCCUUGAUCGUCCUCGUGAUAGGUAUGUCACCAGUACAUGAUUUAAACUGAGCACUGAUGCUGGACUUAAAUGAUUUUUAUCCUUCCCUCUUUUUGGCAAGGCUUUGUCUUACUGUAUGGUUUAAUUUGAUGGUAUCUUAAGCCUUUCUCCCCAUCUUUAACUGUUCAAGUAUGUCUGUUGUAACCAGUAAGUUUAUUGCUGUGAAAUGACUUCUGAUGAUAGAGAAUGGGCUCUAUAACUGCUUUUGUUUUGUUUUCGUUGGAUAAAUUUUCUGUCGUGUGGGUGGCAUUUUUCUCGUGGAGGUUUGCUUCUGUCUUAGCCUUGCACAGGGAAAUAUCCACUUAUCUUUUCUCGUGCUUAAUUAAUAGCUUUAUCUUUUUUUUUUUUACACCAUUUUAUCCUUUUCUCUUUAGCAGAAAGUAAAUAUGUAUAAAAUUUGAAGGAACCGAACUAACAAUACAUUCUGUGUAUAUUAUUUUAAUGAAGAAAAUAAAUUGAUUACUGGCAUUGGAACAGUAUAAAAUACCAGUUUGUACAGUAUGACCUAUAUGUGACCAUGUUACUCCCUUCCAUUUCACACAAGGAAAUAGACACAACUGCAGUUCACAGGUAAUACUGGCUUCACCCUCUGGUGCUGGCAGUGUUUGGGGACACAAUGCUGGAAGGAGCUCCUAGCACGAGAGGAUUAACACUAGCAGAUUCUGUUCCAUCUUUGCACCGUGGCUUACCUGCUGAUUUUCUUAACUGUUCUUGUGCAAUCGACAAUGUGCUAACCUGCUUUUCUCUUUGUAAACGUUUUGCAUUACAGGCUGCAUUUCUUGCCUUACUGUAUAGAAAAAGAAAAAAGGCUGGGUUUAUUAUUGCACAUUUUAAGCUUUUAUACCUUUAUCUUCUUGGAAUGGUGAGAUUGUGGACCGGACAGUCAGAACCGCAGGUCUGCUGUUAAGGGAUUUUAAAUUGUGCAUUUUUAACACUACAGUGAGAUAAUUUAAGGUAUCCCUUGUGUUCUUAGUAUAAGGGGCUAUUUUAUGUCAUGGGGGCAUAAAUUGUUUUGUAAAAGGGAAAGUGUUUCUAACGGUGUCUCAGUGUUUGCACCAGUGUUUGCACCGAUCCGAUCCGAAGUAAGUUAUUACUUUGCACUGGGUGGUUUGGCCACUGAAAGAAUACAGUGUUGCAAGGGAAACGAUCUCUUUGGACAACAAACUUCUGUUUCACCAGGUUCUUUACUUCUUUUGAUUGAUUUCUGAUGGAGUUUAUGGUUCAGACUGAGAAUUGAGGUUAUUUGAAGUAGGAUAGGUAAACCUUAGUGUAUUAUCUAAGAUCACUCAGCUCACCUGCUGUGUUUAAAAUACACAUUUUAAAUCCCUCUUUACAGACACUAAAGUAAAAAUAAAAAAUAUGACUUUCUGGGUUGUAAACAUGUGGUAGUACUGGAGUAUUGUAUAGUCAAUGUUAAAUAAAAGCCAAAACUGGAAUGUGCAGAAAAUAGGAUUGGGUUAAUUUGUGGACUCAUCUUUAUUUUUGUCUUCGUUGAACUUUUUUAAAAACAAGAUUCCUGGAGUAGAUUGGUAUAUUCUGUUAAAGACCUAAAAGUGACCCAUUUUGCUUACCCUGUUGCUUCACAAGGGACUUGCCCAGGGACCAUGACCUGCUGGUGUGUGUAUAUAUUUUCAAAAACAAAACCAACCAACCACCCAUUGGGAUAUAAGGUAGCAAUCACAAACUAAAGACUGUGGCUUGUUUAGGUGCAAUACCCUGAUUCCCAAAGUUCGUUACAGUGGGUCUUAUUGUUUUUGUGACAGGAUUUAUUCAGACUGCUGUACUCUUCAUUUGAUGUAACAAAAUGCUAUUAAUCUAAAUAUUUGUAAAUAAAGUACCUGUAUCUAGAUUAAAUUAAAA